AUGGCAACUGGACAGAAGUUGAUGAGAGCUAUUAGAGUUUUUGAAUUUGGUGGACCAGAAGUGCUGAAAUUCCAGUCGGAUAUUGCAGUACCAAUUCCAAAAGACCACCAGGUUCUCAUCAAAGUCCAUGCAUGUGGUGUCAACCCGGUGGACACAUACAUUCGCUCUGGUUCUUAUAGUAGGAAACCACUCUUACCUUAUACUCCUGGUUCAGAUGUGGCUGGAGUCAUAGAAGCUGUUGGAGAAAAUGUAUCCGCUUUCAAGAAAGGUGACAGAGUUUUCACUACCGGCACGAUCUCGGGGGGCUAUGCAGAGUUCGCUGUUGCGGCUGAUGACACAGUUUACACACUGCCGGAGAAGCUGGACUUUAGACAAGGAGCUGCCCUCGGCGUCCCCUAUUUCACUGCGUACCGAGCUCUGCUUCACAGUGCCCAUGCAAAAGCUGGAGAGAGUGUUCUGGUUCAUGGGGCUAGUGGAGGAGUAGGACUAGCAGCAUGCCAAAUUGCUCGAGCUUAUGGCUUAAAGGUUUUGGGCACAGCUGGUACCGAGGAAGGAAAAAACAUCGUUUUGCAAAAUGGAGCCCAUGAAGUGUUUAAUCACAGAGAGGUUAAUUAUAUUGAUAAAAUUAAGAAAUCUGUUGGCGAAAAAGGAAUUAAUAUUAUUCUUGAAAUGUUAGCUAACGUAAAUCUUAGUAGUGAUUUGAAUCUUCUAUCAUACGGAGGACGAGUAAUAGUUGUUGGCAGCAGAGGUCCUAUCGAAAUAAACCCCCGGGACACCAUGGCAAAGGAAUCUAGUAUAAUUGGAGUUGCUAUGUAUUCGUCAACCCAGGAAGAAUUUCGGCAAUUUGCAGCAGCUCUUCAAGCUGGAAUGGAAGUUGGUUGGUUGAAACCUGUAAUAGGUUCUCAGUAUCCAUUGGAGAAGGCGGUCCAGGCUCAUGAAAACAUCAUCCAUAGCAGUGGGGCUACUGGAAAAAUGAUUCUUGUCAUGUAA